UGUGUUUUGUGGUCAGAUGACUGUCAUGUCAGUAUGACUUCUUUGAAGUUUGGCAGAUUGGCAGUAUCUAUUUUUGAUGUUUUUGAUAGGCUUCAAUAAAAAAAAAUUAUAUAAAAAUGGCAAAAAAGACGUACGAUCUAUUGUUUAAACUUUUAUUAAUUGGUGAUUCCGGAGUAGGGAAAACAUGUAUAUUAUUCCGAUUUUCAGAUGAUGCAUUCACAACUACAUUUAUAUCAACAAUAGGUAUAGAUUUCAAAAUAAAAACUGUUGAAUUGAGAGGUAAAAAAAUCAAACUGCAGAUAUGGGAUACUGCUGGUCAAGAAAGAUUUCACACCAUCACGACUUCUUACUACAGAGGAGCAAUGGGGAUUAUGUUAGUUUAUGAUAUUACCAAUGAGAAGAGUUUUGAAAAUAUAGUCAAAUGGUUAAGAAACAUAGAUGAGCAUGCUAAUGAAGAUGUGGAGAAGAUGAUAUUAGGCAAUAAAUGUGAUAUGACAGACAAGAGGGUGGUUAGUAAAGAAAGAGGAGAAACUAUCGCUCGUGAACAUAACAUCAGAUUCAUGGAAACAUCCGCCAAGGCCAACAUAAACAUAGAACGAGCUUUCAGCGAACUGGCAGAGGCCAUCCUGGUGAAAACGGCUGGAAGAGACGACCCGGUGGACAGGGUGACGGUAGACAUAAGACCAACCAGUACGAAUAAGUCCUGUUGUAAUUAGUAAAAAAAAAUUGCAAAAAAAAACAACGUAAUUUAGGAGUAUAUGCAUGUGAACUGAUUUACAUAUGCAUGAACAUAUGCAUGAACAAGAUGCUCAUAUUUAGUUUUAUUUUCUGAACAAGUCACUUAAUUUUGUUGUGUUCAGUGGAAAUUCGGUUGUUGUACUCAAAUUUUCCUUUUUAAUGAAAACAUUUGUGAAUUAAUAAAUAACAAAGACAACGUUUUUGUAGAAUAAUAGAAUAUUUAUUGUGCGAUAGAUUAACAGUUUUUAAAAGAUACACAAGUUUGAAGCAGUUGUGCCAAUUUUAGAUGAAUAAUGAAAACUUAUUUCCUCGUAUGAUUUUCUUAAUUUUAAUAAACCUUUUUUGUUGAA